AUGGAUAGAGAAGCUCAAGAUUCAAAUGAGAUUGAAGAUCAUAUUACUGAUGGGUUGGAAGAGAUUUUAGAUUUGCAUGGAACAGAACAAGAUAGUUGGAGAAUUGUCAUGGAAAAUUGGCAGAGACAAAGAGAUAUGUGUGUCAUACAACUUAUUUGCUACAUUGUCUAUGCAUUGCAUCUAUUAAAUAGACAAGCCUCCAGUGGAUCUUCGGGGUUGAGUUUUCAAGUAAAAGAGGAUAAAAGAAGAGAUUUUCUGAAAGAAUUGCGUAACCAUGAAGUUUCAUGUCGUGCAACAUUACGCAUGGGGGUAGAUGCUUUUGCUAUUUUUUGUGAAAAAUUACCGGGUACGGGAGUGUUGCAAGAUUAUAAUCGUGCCACAGUGGAAGAACAAGUAGCAAGAUUUUUGUCUAUUCUUACCCAAACUGGUGGCAAGUAUCGCAAUCUGGCUUUCUAUUAUCGUCGAAGUAUUGGGACUGUCAGUAGGCAUUUUCAUAAUGUCUUGCGAGCUGUUAUAAGUUUAGCACCACAAUUUCUGAAGCAACCUAGUGCAACAACGCCAGUGUCCUCCAUAAUAGGCAGUAACUCUAGAUUUUUUCCAUACUUCAAGGAUUGCAUUGGGGCUAUUGAUGGUACCCACUUUCGAGUGAAAGUAAAUCGCGCUAGUCAAACUCGUUUUAGAGGUCGGAAAGAGUGGACUACUCAAAAUGUUUUAGCUUCAUGCAACUUUGACUUACAAUUCCUGUACGUUUUAGCUGGGUGGGAAGGGACAGCAUCUGAUUCAAGAAUUUUAAAAGAUGCAUUGGCUAGGCCACAUGGGCUUGUAAUACCGGAAGGGAAAUUCUAUCUCGGAGAUGGUGGGCUAAUGUUACGUGCUUCGUUGUUAACACCAUACAGACGUGUUCGGUAUCACUUAAAGGAGUAUUCCCGUAACGGUCCUAAGAAUGCUAAAGAAUUGUUCAAUCAUCGUCAUGCUAGUCUACGUAACUCGAUUGAAAGAUGUUUUGGGGUGGUGAAAAAGAGAUUUCCUAUUAUUGGCACCGGUAUGGAGCCACAAUAUUCUUUCGGCACAACUACCGACAUUAUCCUAGCUUGUUGUAUCAUACAUAACUUUCUUAUGGGAGUCGACCCCGAUGAGCAACUAAUUGCAGAAGUUGAUCGAGAACUCGAGCGGGUGCAAAGGCAAAAUGAGCUACAAUGUGAAGAGGCAACAAGAGCUGGAUUAGAAUUACGUGAUAGUAUAGCAGAACACAUGUGGCAUGAUUAUAAUAUGCAACAAGGAAGCACAAUGAGCAAAAGAACAAAAGGGAAGCAGACAAUUGUGGGGGAGACAUCCACUAAGGAGAACCUACAAUGGACAGAGGAGAUGGACACUGCUUUGUUGGAAAGUCUACUAGCCGAGCAACAUAAAGGGAACGGGCAAGAGGGCAUGUUCACAACUCAUGCUUAUAACAAUGUUGUUAUUGCUUUGCGUGGGCUGUUUUCACAUAAUUUCGACAAGGAGAAAAUAAAAAAUAGGCAGAAGACAGUGAAAAAGCACUUUGCAACUGUGAAAGACUUAUUCCAUAACAUGAGUGGCUUUGCAUGGAAUCCGGUAACCAAACUUUUUGAAGCUGAACCAGAAGUAUGGAAGCAACUAAUUCAGGAGAAGCCGAAUGCUAGCAGAUGGAUUAGGACCCCCAUCAACAACUAUGACAAACUCUUUGAGUUGUAUGGGGAGUUUAGAGCAACCGGAGAAGGAGCUGCAAGUGCAUUUGAGAGGAUUGAACGUUGGAACAUGAGGUCUCCUGCAUUCGACAUUGAUUUGAAUAACAUGUCAGGAGAUGAUGAAGGUAUGAAUGCCUAUAUUCCAUCACCUUUUACACCUCGUGAAGGCACAAAUGCAUAUAGCUCCGAUGGUAGAUCUUCAUUUACUCCUGAUCCUCCACCAUCAGUCGACUCUCAUGGUACUACCUCUUCAAAGGGAACCAAAAGAAAAGCUCCUAUGGUAGAUGUAUCUGCCAAUCAAUUUGAGGUCAUGGCUGUCAACAUGAGUAGGAUGGCAUCAGGUAUAGAGAAAGGUAAUGUGAUUGCUGAACGAUCUGCCAAGGCUAUGGAGAAAGGAAAUGAGAUUAAAGAGAGGUCUUUGGUGAUUCUCGACCAUCAUAAGACUCACAUCUACAAAGAGGGAGAAAUUUUCCAAGAAUUGCAACGCUAUGAUAUUCCUGGAGAAAUGAGGUUGAAUGGCUAUAAGUAUCUAGAAAAAAAUCCGGAUACCACAAGGGCUUUAUUUGGCUUGCCAGAAGAGUAUCGACAACAAUUCAUUGUUGAUUUGGCAAAAAAACAAACCUUCUGGCAAGUUGACUUUUGA